AUGGGAGCAGUCGGUUCAAAGGAUAAUAUCUCGAAAACACCAAAUUCAACCUCGCUGUUUCUAUCUCGAAGUAGCCUGGUUACAAAAUGCGAUGCAGCGCCUCCUCCGCCGCCACCGGCUAGUAGUGAAACCACUUCUUCACCGGCUCCAGUCAACCAUUCUUCCAGCGAGACGGAUUCAAUCAGCACCGCCGCAAAAGCAGUUUCAGCAUACUCGAAUCCUGGACCUUUCGAGCAAGCUUCACAGGAAGCAAAGUAUCUCGUCAUGCUGGACACGCAUGAUGGCUUCAGAUGUAACAUCAACAAACAACUCAGCCCGUAUAUGGCUGUAGUCCACAGCUUUUGGCUGGGGACAAACAUGAUCCCUGAUGGCCGAAAAAAGACAUAUACAUGGUUGACCCAAGUUGCGGAUGAAAGUAGCUACUAUCUUGCUCGUGUCGAUCCCGAGCGUUUAUCCGUUGAUGGUCGAGCACAGAGAUCCUUGUUUGGUGGACUUGCAAUGGGAAAAAUGCAGAUAAACGUUUCACCUGAGGGUCAAACAGACCAAUGCUUGGCCGAAAUGGAUAUUUCUGGGCAGACAUGGACGGCCAAUCUCAAAUAUGGUAGCAUGAUGGGUGGGCUUGCUUAUGGAUGUAACUUUUACCAAUCGAUUACCCCCAGCUUUAGCAUGGGCGGCGAGGGAUUAUACCUUGGCGCAAACAAAGCCAUGAUCACAAAUUACUUGAUGAAAUAUACUCUACCAGCUGCAGGGGACGAAGUUGACGGUCUUGCAUCGAAAAAGGCUGCAAUGACUUCAGAAGCACCAUCUUCGACUUUUAUUGCUGGGUACAACACAGGCCAAUCUCUACUCACGUUGAAUUAUAAGCGGGUUGUCACUCCAAACAGGGUCAACUUGGGGGCUGAAUUGAGCUGCAAUCCAAUGAGCUUAGAAUCACAAGUAGUACUUGGUGCAGAGUUUAAGUGGAGUCGCUCAAAACUUCAAGUUGCAGUCGAUGGUACGGCGAAGAUGCAAAGUGUGCUAGAGACAAAAUUGGGGAAAGAACCUGGUCAGCCCACGUUAAGCUUAUCAGCUGAAUUGGACCAUGCUAAGGAUGAAAUGAGAUUUGGGUACGGCUUGAAUAUUGAUGGAUAG